AAUCGUUCGCAUCACUAGUACCCCCGCCCUUCUCUCUGUUAUUUUCCCUUUCCCCAGACAGACCAGCUUGUGCAGCGAAUCCACAUAACAGCCGAUAGGUAUUCUCUCCACAUCUGUGUAUUUUUAUUGAUAUUUCAUUAUAUAAUUAUCGUUAUAUAACAGUUAAUAGUCAAGACAUCAACACAUUUGACCGAAAACAGCUUAACAUUUUAAGGAAACCACCAAGCUCCGCCAUUAUCCCGCCUUCCAGACGCAUCCUGAACCACCACCACCACAGACACACCACCCAUCACCCUUAUCAUGCAGGCAGUCUAGGUCUGUCUCCCCAGCUGUGACCCACCCGAGGCUGAGGCAGCUUCUCCCACAGAGCUCCACACCCCCAGCGGGAGCCCCACAGAGAUGGCUGAUUCAGACCCCUCGUCCCCUUCCGAUCCCCCACGGCCGCUGAGCUCCCCACGCACCCCUCUCUCCCUGUCCUUCCCCUUCCUCAGGGAGGGAAGUCGGGUGUGGGAGAGGGAAAGGAAACCCCCCCUGAUGCCAGGCGAGCUGCCCAGCCCUCUGCCCACCAAACGCACCCGCACAUACUCAGCUACGGUGCGGGCCAGAUCAGGCCCAGUGUAUAAAGGUGUGUGUAAGACCUUCUACAGGUCCCAGGGUCAUGGCUUUAUAAAGCCCUCCAACGGUGGAGAGGACAUAUUUGUACACAUCUCUGAUAUCGAUGGAGAAUACGUGCCGAUGGAAGGUGACGAGGUCACGUACAAAGUCUGUUCCAUCCCCCCCAAGAACCAGAAGAUCCAGGCAAUGGAGGUUGUCAUCACCCACUUGGCCCCAGGAACCAAGCAUGAGACCUGGUCUGGACAGAUCAUCAGCUCCUAGACCUCCACCUGGAAAGAGGCAGUGUUGGGAAGAGUGGGGGUUGGGAGGGAAGGUGGGAAGAAGCCUAGAGAGGAGAGGUAAAGGGGGAGGAAGGAGGAAGUAAACAAGCACAGGGAGCAGUGGAAGGAGUGAUUAUGUAAAGGUGUAACCUGGGGGUUGGAAUGUGGUAAUAUAAGUCUUAAGAUGGCAUUAAGUAGGUUUCAGUUGGAAUGUGAAUGAGGAAAAGUUAAUUAUUUAAGUUAAGAAAAGGGUCAAGGUUAAGUUGGAUUAAAGGUUGAUGGUUUAUUUAAGAUUAUUUAAGAUAGCAGAAGCCUAGUAAGUUUAAUAAGACACUGCUGUAGGGAAUACUGAAACAAAAAACAACAAACCUUCCUAAAUUAUGUUUUUAUUAAUACUUUUGAUUUAUUUAUUUAUUUAUUUUUUCGUUAUGACAGGUGAGGUAGAUAUUGUUGAUAUUAUUAUAAAUGUGUGUUUUAAUGCCAAUAUAUGCCUAGUCUAACCCAUCGCACAAUUCACUCUGAUGAUACUGCCCUGGUAACGCCUACUCCUUCAGUCUAAUGUUGACCAAUGACCAUUUAUUAAUCUUUGUAACAGUUAUUGAUGAUUACUAUGAGGUUCAAACCCCCUUUUUUUAAUCAUUAAAACACAUGUUAUCCAUACUAAUAGACAAGAUAUGAACAUGCACUGUUGUCAAUAGUCAAGUACUUUCAUCAUGCAGUGACCUUGUAAACAUAAUUAGGUUUCUAUGCAUUGUUAAUACCAUGUUUUAUUUGUGACUAAAAUAUAUAUAGUACUGUCUCUUUUCUUAUGUUAGGAAACUGUUUGAAGUUUCAUUGUGUUCAAGAUCACUUUUUCUGUCGAAUCACUGUGACUAGCGUGUUGUCAUUAGGAUAAAAAGUUACGACUGUAUUAUUCACAUACCUGUGUGAAAAUGUGUUGAUUAUUUUCAUUAAUAAAUUAACCUGUGGUCAAAAAUAGGUUAUUAGCAGUUCAAA